AUGGCGGGCCGGUACACCGUUAAGAGUGCCUACGCUGGAGGCUACAGCGAAACCGUCAAGAGACAGCUGGAGAGGGUUGUCAUGCCAGAGAAAGUCAAAUGCGAGGUUUGCAAGAAGUUUCGCCUGCAGUCUUUCUACUCCAAGCGUCAGCUAGAAAACCUUCGCAAUGCCAUCGUCAUCCAAGGCACCAGGGCGGCUCAUGGCGCCCAUGCCAAAUGUCGAGACUGUGUUGGCACCCCGAAUUUUGAGCUCCAUUGCUGCAUCUGCGACCAGACAAAGGGACUGGAGGACUUCGCAAAGAACCAGCGGCAGAAUCGUGACGCAGCCAGAUGCUUGGAUUGCGUCCAAACCCAUACCGAUGUAGAGCCAGUCCUGGAAGAGAACAAACACCUUUUGGGAAUUGAAGGAUCUGCGGCCAGCGUUUCUACUAGCCAGGUCGGUGACGAAAUGUAUGCGGAUACCACCAGAAAGUCUUUCGACAGGGACGAAGACGUCGAUGACGACGCGUCUUCCAUUGGUGGAGGCGUUUGGCUCGAGACAGGCAAUAAUGCGAAAGCCAUGUCCGGGGGAAAGAUCACCGGGGAUCGGGGCAAUGCCUCUGGUUCGCAGGGCAAUCUGCAUCGUCGCACCGCAGCACCGUCAGAAGCUAGUCAGUCUGUUCACGGGGGAUGGGGCUCCUGGGGCGUCACCCUCUCUUCGCAAGCUGCCUUCAGCAGUAACAACAACUACGCUGCCCAGACCACGAGCCGUUCCAGAUUCGCCAAAAUUCCGGCUGCACGACCCGAGAGAUCUGAAAUUUCGACCAUGCGUGAGCGCGAGCCAGCUCCGCCGACAGUUGAGUCUGAUAACGAAGAUGACAACGGCCCCGAAGACUUUAUGUAA